AUGCAGAUUACCAGCGGCAUCGAGUUGAUUGUCACCAAUGCGACGAUUGUAACCGCCGCGGACGUCCUACCGGACCAAGACAUUGCAAUUUCCGCGGGGAAAAUAGUCUUGCUUGGCCAGAGCCUGACAGCUCUCUUUCCCACCGCUCCAACCCUCGAUGCUGAAGGGGCGUAUGUUUGCCCCGGAGGCGUUGACAGUCAUGUCCACCUACAGCAGGACAACAGUCCAACCGGUGAUACCUGGGAAUCGGGGACUCGGUCGGCCAUUGCUGGCGGGACGACCACGGUGAUUGCAUUCGCCAGCCAGAAACGUACGGAUGACAGUCUAUUCCCCGUGGUUGAAGAAUACCACCGUCGGGCUGCGGGUAAAGCAUAUGCGGACUAUGGAUUCCACCUCAUCCUCACCAAUCCGACCCCAACGGUGAUGAACGAGGAGCUCCCCGUCAUGAUGCGAGAGGGUAUCAGCUCCGUUAAACUGUACAUGACUUACCAACCCAUGCGUCUACGCGAUCGCGAGUUGCUGGACGUUUUUGAAGGCACUAGACGUCUGGGGAUGACCACCAUGAUCCAUGCCGAAAAUGCCGAUAUGAUCGAGUGGAUGAUGGAGAAGUUGGAGGCUCGAGGCCGUACAGAGCCUUACGCGCAUGCACUCGCGCGGCCCAACAUAGCGGAGGACGAGGCCACAUACCGUGCCAUCUCCCUCUCUCAACUGGCCGAUGUCCCCAUUCUUAUUGUGCACAUGUCUUCCAAGGUCGCUGCAUCGCAUGUCCGACGCGCGCAGACCCGUCUGCUACCCAUCAUGGCAGAAACGUGUCCCCAUUACCUACGAUUUACCAGUGAGAAGCUGAGGGGAGAAGGCUUCCAGGGUGCGAAGUGUGUUUGCUCGCCGGCCUUGCGCGAGGAUCCGAUGGAUCUGCAGGCCAUGUGGGAUGGGCUGGUGAAUAACACGUUCACUGUCGUGUCCAGUGAUCAUGCACCGUCCAAAUUCGAUCACCCAUUGGGCAAGAAAGCAGGAACCUCUACUUUUACGAAGAUACCCAAUGGUCUUCCAGGACUCGAAACCCGCAUGCCUAGUCUCUUUUGCGAUGGCGUCCUCACGGGGCGUCUUUCUAUUCAGAAGUUCGUGGAACUGACUAGUUCCAACCCUGCAAAGCUGUAUGGGCUCGGGUCUACCAAAGGCACUAUUGCUCCCGGUUUCGAUGCUGAUUUGGUCAUUUUCUAUCCUACACCUGAACAAGUUGCCGCUAAUGGAAAGGGAAGAGCCAUGACGCCGUUCCAUCUAGAAAAUUCCAUGCUGCAUCACGAUAUUGACUACACCCCAUUUGAAGGUAUUGAGUUCACCAACUGGCCUCGAUACACGAUUCUCCGCGGCAAGGUGGUUUGGAAUCGAGAUCAGGGUGGUGUCAUUGGCAGGAAAGGGGACGGGAUGUUCUUGAAACGGGGAAAGAGCUCGCUCAGCAGGCCUCGGGGGGUCUUUGUCAAUGAGUUCGAUCCAUAUCGGCAAUGA